AUGGGCGCGUGUAAAACAUGCGGAGCCAAACAUAAUUCGAUGCUUUAUCUUCAGGCGGAUUCGGGCGACAUUACUGAAAAGGGAAAGGCCGAAGAUGCUACUGGAACGAGACAAUCAUGUCGAGUUUUGCUAGACAGCGGCUCGCAAGCGAAUUUUAUAACGCGAAAUUGUGUCGAGAGAUUAAACUUAAGGCCAUCGACGGGCAGUGUUAGAAUCACCGGAAUAAAUGGCAUGACAAGCGACGCCAACGAGAUCGUGAAAGUAAAAUUACAUUCUCGUUUGAGCGGCUUCUGCGCGAGUUUGGAGUGCGUUUUGACGAACCGCAUAACCGAUCGGAUACCUACGGCACCUAUUAAUCGAGAAAGGAUACAAAUACCUAAUGGGAUUAAAUUAGCUGAUCCGGAAUUUCAUAAAUGCUCCGAUAUCGAUAUAUUGAUAGGCACCGAUAUAUUUUGGCAGCUGCUUUAUGUGGGGAGAUUGAAGUGUUCCCGAUCGCAUCCCACGCUACAAAAAACGCUUUUCGGAUGGAUUGUCGCCGGCCGUGUGGAGGUCACCGCUCGUGACGCCCGUGGGCGCGAAGUGAGAGCGUUUCACAUUUCGGUGGCGGAUGCCGCCUUGCAAAAUCAAUUAGCCAAAUUCUGGCAGAUCGAGGAAGAUUUUCGGCCGUCGGAUUCGUACACUAGCGCGCAGCGUUUUUGCGAGAGACACUUCCUCGAUAAUACUAAGAGAAAUGAAGAGAGUCGAAUAAUAGUCACGCUUCCGAUUAUUAAACAGAAAUUAGAGAAUCUCGGGGAAACGCGAGACAUAGCAAUGCGGCGUUUUUGCGGGCUGGAAAGACGGCUGAAUCGCGAUCCGGGAUUAAAAUCGCAAUACGCGGCAUUUAUGCGCGAGUACUUGGCCCUUGGGCAUAUGAAAUUAGUAAGGGAGGAAAAUGACAAAAACAAGGGAUUGCCGACGUACUAUUUGCCGCAUCAUUGUAUAUUAAAGACGUCAAAUAAAACGACUAAAAUCAGGGUGGUUUUCGAUGCUUCAUGCAAAAGUUCGACAGGGGUUUCUUUGAACGACGCUCUUAUGAUCGGGCCGACGGUGCAGCAGGAUUUAUUUUCCAUUGUAUCGAGGUUUCGAAUUUUUCGAUUCGUAUUCUCCGCAGACAUCGCCAAGAUGUACCGGCAGAUAUUGGUCGAUCCGCAGCAGACGCGACUGCAGCGUGUUCUGUGGCGAGAUGAGGCCACCGCGAGCGUGCAAACAUACGAAUUAAUAACGUUGACAUACGGUACAGCGACCGCGUCAUAUUUAGCUACUAGAGCGCUGCAAUUUUUGGCCGAGAUGUACGCGGAGAAAUUUCCCGCGGGAUCCCGGCGAGUGAAACGCGAUUUUUACGUUGAUGACCUGCUAACGGGAGCGGACACAAUCGAGGAAGCAUUAGCGUUGAAAAACCAGAUCGUAAAGAUUCUGAACCGCGGCGGAUUUCAACUGAGCAAGUGGCAUUCAAACGAAUCAGUAUUGAUAAAUGAUAUGUAUGAUAAACAUAACGCCGAGGUUCAAAUUGAUAGAGACGCGACGUCGCGCAUCCUCGGAAUUCUUUGGAAUCCGUCGAUGGAUGUAUUUCGGUUCGCGAUUGAAUUGCCGACUGACUCACACAAGAUAACGAAGCGCGUAAUAUUGUCGGAGAUAUCAAGAUUAUUUGACCCGUUGGGAUUAAUCGGUCCGGUUAUUAUCAUACCAAAAAUGCUGUUACAGGAGAUUUGGCAAUUAAAAAUACAGUGGGAUAAAUCGAUUCCACUGGAUAUGCAUGCAAGGUGGUCCGCGUUUAAGAGACAAUUAAGAGAAUUAAAUGAUUUAAGCGUCCCGAGGUUUAUAGGGAGAAAUCAAGAGGGAACUCGCGUUCAGAUACACGGGUUUUGUGACGCCAGCCAGCGGGCGUAUGGCGCGUGUUUGUAUAUUCGAAGACAAGUAGAUGGGAACGAAGUGCAGAUUGAUCUGUUGUGCUCUAAAACAAGAGUAGCCCCACUCAGAGCGAUUUCGAUUCCGCGACUCGAGCUUUGCGCGGCAUUAUUGCUGGCACAAUUGUUGGACAAAGUGCGUUUAUCUAUUGACAUAAAGGACGUGCGGUAUACUUUGUGGUCGGAUUCCACGAUCGCGCUGAGAUGGAUUUCGUCGUGCUCGAGAAAAUGGUCGGUUUUUGUGUCAAAUCGCGUCGGAGAAAUACAGCGGUUAACUUCCGGUUUGGAUUGGCGGCACGUGCCGACAACCGAAAAUCCUGCGGAUUUGCUAUCUCGGGGCGUCCACCCGCAUGACAUCGGGAAUGCCGCGCUAUGGUGGCGAGGUCCCGCGUUCUUAAAGAGCAGCGAGGAGUCGUGGCCAAGCGUUGGCGAAUAUGUCCUGGAGUCCGAGAUGCCGGAGAGGCGGCGGAUAGUUGCUGCUGUCGCUGGCGUGGUGGCACCAAGCCCCUUUUCGGAGCUUAUAGUUAGAUGUUCGAGUCUAGAUAAAUUAUGCCGAAUUGUUGCAUAUUGCAGGCGAUUUAUUGGAUCGCGUCUGCGAUCCGAGGGAGACGUGGGCGUUCACGUCUCGCACGUGGAAAUCUCGGCCGCAUUGGAAAACAUUUGCAAGCUGGUGCAAGGGGAAGUUUUUUCAAACGAGUUCGAGCAAUUAAAGAAGGGAAAUGCUCUCACUUCCGCUAGCUCAUUAAAAUCAUUAUCGCCGUUCUUGGAUAAACAGGGUCUGAUUCGCGUCGGUGGGAGGCUCGAAAAAUCACAAUUAAGAUGCAGGCCGGCGAUAUCGGAAGCGAAAAUGGGGGUGUUACCUGCGCCCCGUGUGACACCUUCGCGGCCGUUCUCUAAUUGCGGCAUCGAUUACGCGGGGCCUCUCAUUAUAAGAGAAGGCAAGCGGCGAAAUGCUCGAAAUAGUAAGGCUUAUCGUGUUGCGGGCGACUCACACCUGACUUUCGAGGAGUUGCAGACAACGUUGUGCGAAAUAGAGGCUGUAUUAAAUUCGCGUCCGUUGACGCCGCUGAGUUCUGAUCCUAAUGAUUUAGCCUAUCUUACGCCGGGACAUUUUCUGGUUGGCGAGGUAUUGAGUGAUUUUCCAUGCCACGACCUUACUGAUUUAAUUAUUAAGGAAGGUCGAUUGAUACGAUUGCAGAGAGUCGAGCAGCUCCGCCAGCAUUUUUGGAGUCGUUGGAGCCGCGAAUACUUAAAUCAAUUGCAGCAGCGGCAGAAAUGGAUUAGCAACAAGGGAGAGCAGAUGGGCGUUGGCAAGAUGGUGCUAGUCAUGCAACCGGGCCUUCCGCCUCUGCAGUGGGCGCUUGGCCGCGUAAAGGAAAUUCAUCCUGGAACUGAUGGCAUCGCCCGUACAGCCACAAUAAUCACGGCCAAGGGAUCAUUUGUCAGGCCUCUUUCAAAAUUAUCAAUUUUGCCUCUAGAAGAUUAG